AACAAUCUCUCCGGUCUCUUUUCUAGUCGCUUCUCCAAUUUUCUCUGCUCGUGCUAGCGUUACCGACUUCCCCGUUCGGGAAACGGAUUCAAGUUGAUUUCCGCAUGAUCAAAUUCCUCGCACGGAAGGAUACCCAACCGUCCGAUUGGAAGAUCCUCAGCCGUCCGAUUUCGCCUCCCCACCUCUCGCCGGUAGCAUACGCGCUUAUGGUUACUUUUCCCCUGCACCUUCAAAGAGGGAAAUUUUGCCACCAUUAACACAAUAAAGCAGCAGCUUACCGCAGAUCUCUCUCUCUCUCCAGACACUCUCCUUUUCUUGCUCAGAGGGAAAGGGCGCUGUCCGAACAAAGGCUUGAUUGGCGAGCAGAUUUAAAGUAAGAUGGUUUCGGCGAGUACUUUGUGUUGAGGCCUAGGCGCCCAGUCCAGUUGUGGCUGUUUCUCUGCUACUUUUUCAGUAAAUGGGCUGCUUCCAUUCUACACAGAGAAGACAAUUCCCUGGCUAUGAGGACCCUGUGACUCUUGCCUCGCAGACAGCUUUCAGUGUCAGUGAAGUUGAAGCACUAUUUGAGCUAUACAAGAGCAUCAGCAGCUCUCUAGUUGAUGAUGGGUUGAUAAACAAGGAAGAGUUUCAGUUGGCUUUAUUCAAGAACAGGAAGAAAGAGAAUCUCUUUGCCAAUCGGAUCUUUGAUCUUUUUGAUGUUAAGCAUAAGGGAUCCAUUGAUUUUGGUGACUUUGUUAGAUCUCUGAAUGUCUUCCAUCCUAAUGCUCCUCAAGAAGAGAAGAUUGAUUUCUCCUUCAAGCUAUAUGAUUUGGAUGGUACUGGAUUUAUCGAACGUCAAGAGGUCAAGCAAAUGUUGAUUGCUCUUCUAUGUGAAUCAGACAUGAAAUUGGCUGAUGACACAAUUGAAAUAAUACUCGAUAAGACUUUCUUGGAAGCUGAUGUGAACGAGGAUGGGAAAAUUGACAAGAAUGAAUGGCAGAACUUUGUUUCCAAGAACCCGUCCUUGUUAAAAAUCAUGACCCUCCCUUAUUUGAGGGACAUAACAACUACUUUUCCUAGUUUUGUGUUCAACUCUGAAGUUGACGAGAUUGCUACAUAGAGGAAGCCGUGGGGCAGGGUGCCUCAUGCCCCUAGACAUUAUUACUAGAGAUGUCUUCAUGUAGGAAAGAUGGAGAUAAACAGAGUUCUAGACACGCUUUUUUUCCUUUUUCCUGUUUGGAUUUGCUGAUGGCGAGAGGAUUAUAUCUCUGAGGUCUUCGGCGAUUGUAGAGCAUCAUUGAUCGGAUCGGCAAUUUGUAAUUGUUUUUAUGUCUAUAGUAGUCUACAAGUGCAUGGCACGAGACGCCACGGGUGUUAUGUUAAGAGCUUUUCAGUUGUGUCAUGAUGACAUGCCUUUGUGGCGACAUCUGAGACGAGAAUUUUGUUUGAUUGAAAUGAGGUUGUGUCUGGUUCCGGUUUUGGUUCGCUGGACAACAACGUUUAACUU